GCUCUUGCCGACAGUUGCUCGUAGAACUCCGAGACUCGAGUACAUUUUACCAUUUCGUAUUUACGUCCAAUUUUUACGCGCAAUCGAAACUUUCUACGUUAAAUUUCAAGUCUAUUAUCCACUUUUUUUAAUACAUGCCCAGUGAUAUUGGAACUGUUUUAAACCAGAAGCCUUAAGGGAGCGGACAUACACACACUUUUUUCCAAAUUUAACUCAUAGAGUUUAAAUUUUAGCAAGAAACCAAAGGAUUUCUUACUAAAUAUAUUGUCGAAAGAUAGGCAAAAGAUGGUGGUACCUGCAGACCGUGCCCUCCAAGAGGCCAUCCAGGUUGCUCCCCUAAUUUUUUCGGAUGAUGUCAGACGCCAGAAAAUUGAAAAUCGCCUGGAGCAAAUGAGAUUUUCUGCUGCCACUGUUAGAAGAAUACAGAAUGUCUUUAAAUCUGAAAUGGAAAAGGGUAUUCAUCAAAAAAUAUCGUCUUUACAAAUGGAAAAUACGUACAUUCCAGAACUACCUAAUGGAACCGAGGAGGGGCUCUUCCUGGCAUUGGAUCUCGGAGGAACAAAUUUUCGAGUAAUUCUCUUGGAGCUUGUUAACGGCGUUGCAGUUCGGGAGGAUGUCAAGAAAUAUCACAUUGAUUCUGAAUUUAGGAUGGGAUCAGGAAUUCCUCUCUUUGACUACCUCGCUGAAUGUGUUAGUGAUUUUGUCAUCAACGAGGGUCUUCAAGACGUAGAGCUUCCUCUCGGUUUCACUUUUUCAUUCCCUAUGAUCCAGCACUCAUUAGAUGUUGGAAUUUUGGCAACGUGGACAAAAAGCUUCAAUUGUCCGGAUAUCGUCGGUAAAGAUGUAGUGCAACUUCUUCGAGAUGCUUUGGAUAGGCGAGGUGAUACCAGAGUCAAUGUUCUGGCUAUCUUGAAUGAUACAACAGGAACUUUGGUUCAGGGAGCCACUCAAGAUUCCAACACAGUCAUUGGACUAAUUUUAGGAACCGGAAGUAAUGCUUGUUACAUGGAACGAGCUGAUAAAGUAGAACACUGGGAGGUUGAGAGGCACGGCGAGAGAGAGGUAAUCAUUGAUAUUGAAUGGGGUGCCUUCGGAGAUAAUGGAGUUCUCGACUUUAUCAAGACUGAUUUCGAUCGGGAAAGUGAUGCGAAUUCCCUCAUGGUUAAUUCUUUCACGUUCGAGAAGUACAUCAGUGGAAAAUACCUUGGCGAAGUUGUGAGAGUAAUUUUGGCCAAGUUGACAAAGGAAGGACUCAUUUUUGUAAACCAUUCUCCGGGAGGUCUUUUGACAACAGGAAAUCUCACUACAGAUCUUGUGUCUCACAUAGAACAAGAUUCGGUGGAUGGUGAUUAUAAUAGUACAAGGGAGGUGCUCGCAAAAUUCGGUAUCAUUCCAGAUGAUGAUGACCUCAGUGCGGUGCAGUAUGUUUGUGAAGUCGCUUCCAACCGUGCGGCUCUUCUUGUUUCGGCAUGUUUAUCAAUGUUGCUGGAGCGAAUAGAUAAGGAAGAAGUUACGAUAGCUGUGGACGGAUCUCUCUACAAACAUCAUCCUCGACUGGAGGGCUGGAUGAACCAGUACAUUAGUUUAUUAGCUCCUGGGCGUAAGUUUAAACUGAUGAACGUCGAGGAUGGAAGUGGCAAGGGUGCUGCUCUCGUUGCCGCUAUUGCUCAAAGGCUGAAGAAGCGCUUCAUAUAAAAAUAAAGGAAUGUCCUUAGGAUCUUUAUUCUCCAGUAAAGCUCUAGAAAAAUCUCUUGGGUAUUUCAGGGCAUCGUGUAAAGUACGUAAAGUAAGCGAUCGCAAAUUUCGUCUCAGACACGCAAUUUCGAACGCAAUCGAAAACUAUAGACCUCAGAGUCGCGUAAUUCUAUCUACGCGCCUCAUCACGUUUCUGUACACGUUCACAGUUUCGUUGUUUUAACUGUUUAACAGAAAUCUACUUCAGGUAAAAAUACAUUUCCUUUAUCGUGAUAUCAUUUGCUCAUCUCAGGCAUCUUGUAAUUAUGCGCUGUUACUUUUUAGAUAUUUUUUUAAAGUUUAUACAUGUACAUUAGCUUCAAGCAUAGUAUCUUGUGAUUUAUAAAUUUUUUAUUUUCCGUUUCAAUUUUUUUGUUUUGUUUCAUUGUUUUCAAACGUGAUGUGAUAAUGUGUAUCUCUGUUUAAAACACUGUAAGUGAACAUUCCAUGGCGAUAUCGGUACAGAAUGCAAAUCUUUCUUGAGGAUGCUGCAAUCUUUUUUUAUACAUUCAUCGUUUCAAGUGCCUGAUCAACAUAAAGGUUGGAUAAUUAGUAAUAUUUCAUUUAUUCAACUUGACUGUGAUUACUGAGAUUAAUAUUGUUAGAUAAUUAGUACGAAUAAAACGUAUAUAUUUUUUUCUAGGCAUCACAUUGAAAAAAAAGAGAAACGCACUAUUUUUUUAUUUAUUGUGACUAUAUAGUCUAAAGUGCAGUGUACGUAUAUAUUCAUACAACAUGAGCCUUGCCUUUAAAAUAUAAAUAUCAUGAAUCUAAUUGUAAUCGCAGUCUUUUUGAAUAUAAUAAUCAUUAUUUCAAGAAUUUCCUUCUCGGAAGAGAAAAAAUGAUGUUUCGUGAAAGAGAGAAUGCAUGUGCGUGAAAGUAAGUACUAAAUAAUAAUAGUAAUGAAAGCAACUGUACGUCGCU